AUGGAAGCUUCGCCUUGCCUCAUUACACUGCUGAUAAAAUUUGGAAACAGCUGCAACAUACUCAAGUAUUAUGGAACCUUCAAACAGGUCGAAUAUCUUCUGACGCACUUGUGUUACAGUACUUAUAAGCACCUCAAAUGCUACAGGAGCACUUUCCAAAGAUUCCUUAAGCCUAAAAGAGACAUUAUCAAGUACCAUAAAUCAUUUAACAGCCAGUUCGGGGAAAUUUUACUCAGGAAAAAUCUAUACUCACAGUAUUCAUUAGAAGUCAACAUAAUUUCAAAAGAAGCGGCAGAAGCUUUCUGUGAUUUUGUGGCCAAAGUUCCUGACCUGGCUCUGCUUGAGGUCUCAAGAAUCAAUACCUUCUUUAAGAGUGCUGAUGAUUACGAAUACAUAAAUGACCUAUUUCUCCAACUACAGAAAUUCUGGAAGAAGAAGGUUGAUAAAGGAAUUAAUCCAUUUCUCCAAUCGAUGUAUAUUUCAAUGGAUAUUUACUUACGGAGCGAGUAUCUUAGUCAACAGCUCGAAUACUCGACUCUUUUGAAAUCCUGUAAUAUCUGAGAAGUCGAGAUGUUUAAAAAGAUACAGAAUUUAUACCUCAGCAGAUUCAGUUUGGAAAGCUUAGAUAAUCUUGCCACAAAAGUUGAGAGGCUACAUUUGAAUGAGAUUGACUUGAUCAAUUUAUACUAUAAUUACAAUGAAAUUGUUGACUCGACAGAGUUUAGAUCUUGUAUUCAAUCUAUUAUGAUAGAAAAUCAUACAGAUUUUUCCUCAUUAGGGGACAAAGUUACACUAACUAAUCAAGAUUUUCAGCUUAUUUUCCCUAAUAUCAAGAGUGUUGAUUUUGGUAAUCAACAGGAAGCUUUAGACUCCAAGUUUCCAAAAAAGAUGAUGGAAUUCUGUCUCAAAAAUGGGUCAGGAGUAGUAAUUAAAGAAUCCACAGUUGAGUCAUUUGACAAAUCAUCAAUUAUUCAAUUAGUAGACAAACCAUGACUUUCGAUAAUGGAAGAUGUUGAUGUGCUCUAUUAUGAUCCAAAUAGUGACUAUUACUGCUCAUUUCAUGUGGAUAUCCUCGAAACUUCAAGUCUUGAUUGCUAUUCUCAACAUCUCAAGAACGGCUACUACAUUAUAUCUUCAUAUAGACAUUGUAACUUUCUUAAAAUUUCACAAAAAGAUUUUCCAAAUUUGGAGGAGCUCAAACAGAUUCUCAGAGACUUUUGCCAGGAUUAUGACCAAAGUGAUGAAACUAUGAGCCAGGAAGAUGAUGCCUUAGUGAAUAAAUCUUCUGAGGAAACAAAGCUCUGCACUGAGAGUUUGAUUAUUUUUCCAACUAAGAUAUCUAAAAUUGCUGGGAUUCCUCACUUUGAUAGUCUAAAGAAACAGAAAUAUGUGAAUGGCAAAAAGUAUUUACAGCUAACUUGUAAAGCUAAGAGUAUUGGCAUGUUCUAUCUUGACUUUAAGUAUUUUUAUAAAUUAACAAAGAAGACAGUCGCUCGAUACCUCAAAGAGAUUGGGAAUUUGAUUUUACUUGAAGGACUUGUCCUAACAGUUGAUGUCAAGACUCGGCAUCCUAGGAAUUACAUUGAGAUUUUGAAAGCUCUAUCACAUAUGAAGAUUGCUCAGCUGAAUCUAAAACUCCGACUGGCAGCUCUGAAGGAGACUGAUGCCAAGACAAGAAAUGAUUUCAGAGAACUUCUCUUGUCAAUGAGGAAUCUCAAGAGUUGUUCAAUUACAAGGAUCAAUCAGAAAGGAGGCCACAUUUUCAGAAUUUGUCCGCUAUUGUUCCCUUCAGAAUACCAGAAAAUCAUAGAUUACCUAUUCUGUGGUAUAAGCUCUGAGCAAAAGAGUCCUUUUAAGGCUAUAAAGAAGGCAAUUCCAAAAGAGUUCGAAGGGAUGCCAUAUUCUAUUUCAAUAAAAAGGCAAGAAGAGUUCUAAUCAUGUAGUCCUCUUAAGAAAUGUAAGGUUACCAUAUUACUAAAAUUUUAUUUUCUUGAAAAC